AUGGAUCUAAACCGGGGACAAUCCGCAUCCACUGCGAAUAGCAGCAGUAAUAGCGGCGCUCAAAGCAGUGAAGCCGGUGGACCGAGCGCCGGUGAUGCCCCUAUAUCCCUCUCCACACUCUUCCCCGGCCACGUGGACUGGUCGACAUACCCUUUUGUCGAAUUCCGGGACUCCUCACUUGGCCAGGAUGAUCUCACCUUCCUGACGGCUAAAGGGUGUCUAAGUAUUCCCGACACCCAGGCCCUGCACGAGUUCGUGCGAAACUACUUUCUUUACGUCCAUCCGGGCUUUCCGGUGCUUAAUGAGGCCGAGUUCUGGGUGAGCUAUACGCGGUCACGGGUUGGGCAUGAUAUGAUUCCGUUACUCAUUCUUCAGGCUGUGCUGUUUGCCAGUUCUCCGUAUGUCACCCUCACCACAAUCCAAGCCUGUGGAUUCCGCACAAAGACCGAAGCGCGGAACGCUUUCUAUAAGCGAGCCAAGUUUCUUUUCGAUGUCCACGGCGAGGUCUGCCCGCUUGCACAGGCCCAAGGCGCUGUUCUUCUCAGUCAUCAUGCCUCCGCUGCAGAGCCGCAGGCUGGUACUGACUGGCUUGCGCGCGCAAUCCAGAGCGCCUUGACACUGGAUAACCUACCCGGGGUAUCAGCAUCGGCAGAUUUAUUAUCGAAGAAACGCCUGUGGUGGUCAAUAGUCCUCCGUGAUCGAUGCCUCUCGCUCGCGCUUCACCGGAGAACGCAGAUGCCGGCGAUUGACCAAAGCCUUCAGAUUGAUACCCUUGACGAAUGCGACUUUACUAAUGAGAUUAUGAGCUCUUACGUGUACGAUCCGGCAACGAAGCGCGUGCUAGUAAAGGUUCUCAGAGAGCACUAUGAGCUCGCUUUGGCGCUCUCAGAUAUGAUGCCAUUAGUAUACUCAUCACAUGGCAUUCGCGUGCCCUCGCUUUCCAAAACUGCGUUCGAUUCAACGUUAGCCAGAGUCCACCGUGUUGAAUGCACGCUUGACCGGUGGCUAUCGGCCACGAAGCUUGCAGCUUUGAUGGAUUCACAUGCUCACGAAAGUGUAGCCGUGUUCGUGAGUCUAGCUUACAUGUACUACUACGCCGCCCGCAUCAACCUCACCCACUUUGAACUUCUCACAAUAGAGAACCACCCCAGCUACAUCCCCACUCCCACCUACACAGCCCACCUCACCCGCGCAGCAACAACCCUCACAGAAUCGAUGCGCCACCUAACCAGCAUCCUCGAAUUCCUCGGCCACCGGGGUAAAACCCACACCCUUCCACUAAGCCUUCUCGGCUGCCUCCCAAUGCCCCUCCUCACAACAGCGCUGGACAUAAGUCUGGCGUCCUCAUCGUCGCAAAUGGCCCUCCAUAAACGCCGCCUCCACACCCUCGGCCAGGUCCUCCGCUCCCUCGAACAGGUCUACGAAGCCGCAGCCAUGAUCUCAGCAGGCAUGUCGCAUUUCUUGCAUCUCGCGUAUAUGACAGUGCAACUGCCUCUCGAUCGCGACACGCAGAUGGUGGCGUUGUUUGGGUCUACAGAUAAUAUCACCGGUGGUAAUACGCCCUCUGCUGUAGAAGAGCAGUCAACGCCAGCGGCCGUGGAAGGACAGACUCCAAGCCGAACAUGGAAAGACUUCCUCCUCCAGUCCCCACGCGCAUACCUCCUCAUCUCCACAACGGUAGAUUACAGCUUAUGUAUUGGCCAUCUCCCGCAUGACCACGCACUACCAGAUAUGCUUACAUGCGUCUUCCCGGGGAGUUUAAAAAUCCGCUUUCCGUGGAAUGGAAGCGAGGAUGAGUACCGCGAAGAGAUCCAGGAGGCGGUUGCUCGACGGAAGAAAAUGAGUCAGCGGGGGUAUAAGAUGGCCAGACGGAUGCAGGUUGUGACUCGGAGGAAGCGGCCGGUGCUGCAGGGGGGUGAAAAUGCGGUUAAUUUGGAUUACCUAGAUCUGGGGGCUGCGCGGUAA